UUCAUUCAUUCAUUCCUUCCUUUCUCUGUUGUCUAUGUACAACAAAAGAUGAGACCCAAACUGCAGACAAAAAGCAGAGCUACCAAAACAAAAACUCUUUAAGAUACCAAUACAUAAUCUCUGUAAUGGCGAGUGGGUGGGUCAAGUCGUUGCAAUGCAAGUCCAGAGCUUAUGAAGACGUAUACCACCCAAACCCUAAAUACCUCAUACCCAGCGCCAGUUGCAAAAAGAGCGUUCAAAACAUCAAAGACGUCGUCCUCGACACUACCAAGCCCAGGCCAAAGUCUAAGCCUAAGCCCAAGCCCAAGAAUCCUCUGCAAAAACACCCCAGCUCCAGAUACCCAUCAACCACCGCCAAGCCCGAUUUCGAAGCCACCAUUAACCGCUCGCGAAGCACAACUGCAUCCGACCCUCGCUUCCCUUCUCUCACCGAACUCACCCAGGGGCACCCUUCGCGGAACGUCGUCGAAAUUAUCUUCCACACUAGCUGGGGGCCCAAACCAUUUUCGGGCCGGGUGGAGAUGAUAUUCAAGGUUCACAACGGCCCACGAACGGUGUCGCGGUUCGAAGAGUAUCGCGAGACAGUGAAGGCCCGAGCCGGUUCGGCGGGCCCGCCCCAGGAGAGUAACUGGGAGGAGAAUGCGCGAUGCGUUGCCGAUGGGAAUGAGGUGAUGAGGUUUCACUGCUUGGGUCCCACCUCCGGCGGUGGCCCCUACGGUGGAGCUUGUGCCUGGUCGUUCCCCGGCGGCAAAGGGUCGGCGAUCUGCACGUUCUCCGGCAGCGGCGGUGCCCAUGAUAGCUCCGGCGGAGGUAGGGGCAGAAGGGCUAUGUUGGUGUGCCGGGUCAUCGCGGGUCGGGUCUCGAAGCAAAUAGGGUUCAUAGACUCGUUGUUGGACGGACGAGUUGGGUUCGACUCGGUGAGCGGAGAAAACGGCGAGUUGUUAGUGUUUGACUCGCGUGCUGUAUUACCUUGUUUUCUUAUCAUUUAUAAAUUGUAAAAAACGUAUUUACCGUUCUUCCUUCUAAUCUUUUUUUUUUUUUUUAAAUUUUAAUAUACACUUUUUUCCCUCAUUUAUUUUCCUUUGGGAUGUACGUAUGUAAGUUGAUUGAUGAGAUAUUUCUUU